UGUAAAUGGAACUUUACGCUUGCAUUCAAAAAAUUCUAUCGAAACUCCUGGUUUCACUAGUUACGGUUCUUACAUAUUACCCACCAAUGAUUAUGGAUACGCUAUAGUUUACGUUAGCCGCACAUCAUCAUUGUCAUCACCACUUUCCGCUAAUAAAACCACCGCAAUCAAAACACCUUCUAGGUUAUGCGUAAUUUUCUUGACACCAGAUUCUUUUCAAGAGCUUAUUACUAGAGGCCCAUGUAUCUUAUAUCAAGCAUCUCUCGACAGCAGCCUAAUAGAGGGCCUCGUUUUCUGCGACAUUAAUUUUAGCGGCGUUGGCCUAGUAUGCACGUUCCCCAUAACUCAGAGUGGACUUAGUAUUUAUUAUUUAAAAGUAUUCUUCCUGUCGUCAGGGGAAAUAAUAUCCUACUCUCCAACACUCAAUUUACUUCAAAAUGCAAAUGUAAGCCUUGGCUUUGAUAGAUGGAUAGUAGAAGAAAUGCCCUUCGGUGGCUGUACGAUGAAUGCCAAAAUGCCAUUAUUAAAUGGGUCAACUGAAUACUAUCUUUAUGCUUACGGAGAGAAUGACGACAAAAUUUUUGUCGACCUACCGCAAUCGAUGAUUGCAAAUACUUUUGCCGCGAGUGGUAUUACGAACAAUAAUACCUUCUUACUUGCUCAACCGGAAUCGAAUAACUCUUGGACUUUACUCGCCUACCAAUUGCCCAAGGUUUUUGGUGAUUUAGAUUAUGGUCACAAUAAUCUUCAUGUUCGAACCACCAGUCCAACCAUUAAUGGUGUUAUCUUGCCAACCAGAACCUGGCAGGCGACCAAGGGGACUGAUUGUACAAUUAGCAAAGAUGAGUUGACGGUGACAGUGCCACUGAUUGCUAGUACAUUUAAUCAGCCAGGAAAACAAUACUACGUAGCGAUACAAUAUGGUUUUAUAAAGAGUAAGAAUUUUCAGGAACCUCUACCAGGGAUUAAACCGGGAAUUUGGAGGAUCACAACAACCAACUUUCAAGUUCCUGCAUCUGCGGCAGCUGUCAUCGGUAUGUUUCGUCUGAAGCCAGAUUCUGCCAAAGACAGUAUACCCCCAUCGGCAGAUUUCUUUUCCAGACUUCUUCAAGAAAUCGCACUCGUUGGGAUAUUUCGGCUAUCUCGUCUAGGUUCACAUCCAAGAUACCAGAUCGUUGACGCCGGUACUCCUUCCGAAACGAUGCUUAUUUCAAUCGAUAUAGGACCAUCAGAGGGUGAUGAUGACAUAGAUGCAUUAGGGAUAAUACAUUAUUUGAACAUCAUAGCCAAAGACCCAUUAAUGAAUAAUAUGGGCAUAGACCCGGUUUAUGGUGUUGUGCCGCUACUUGG